AUUUUCAUCAUGUAAUUUUAAAAAAUUAACUUUUUAUAAUUAAACUUCAUUUUUUUCAUAUAAUAUGUCACAUAAAAAGUUUAUUCCCAAGUAAACAAACAAAAAAAUAUAUAUAAAUAAAUAACCCACUGAUGAUUAAUGUUUCACAGUUAUUCGAUAUAAUCAAAUGAAGAUAAACAUUUUGUUUCAUAUUUUAUUGAAAACUACAAUGGUAACCAUAAUAAUUAUAAUUAAUAAUUUGAAAUUUUCUCAUACACAAUCAUGGCAAAAUACAUUACGUUUAGCAAAACGACAUACACAUCAUGAUGAUAUUGAUAUAUUAAAAACUGCAUUAGAUAAUUUUGUUUAUAAAAUGGAUCAUCGUAAAUAUAGUCAAAGAACAAGUCAUUUAGUCAAUAUAACAAACAAUUAUGAAAAGAAUAUAACAAAGUUCAAUCAUGAAUUAGAUAAUAAUAAUAAUGAGUUAAUUUUAGCAAAUUAUAGCAGUGACACUAAUACAUUAAUUGACGAUCUUCAAGAAAAUAAUUUAAAGAGCUAUUUUAUUGAUCAAACAGUUAAAGAUUUAAAACAUACGAAUUCAAAGAAUAAGUUCUUUACACAAGUUCAUAGUUCAUCAAAAACAUCAUUUAUUUGGAAUAUAUUACAAUUUUCAUUUGGUUUAUUAUGUUUUAUCAUACAUGUUAUAUGGUUCAUAUGGUUAUUAUGUCAUACUGUAUUAUUUAAAAUAUGUCAACAAUCUAUUAGUUCUCAAUUUGAAACUAUUUCACAUCUUAACAACAAUGAAAUGAAUGAAAAUGAUUUACUUAUUAAACAUAAUCAAUUAACAAUACAUUCAGAAUUACAUUUAGGUUUUAUAGGAACUAUUUAUGGAUUUAUUAUAUCUAUUAGACAAUUAUCAAGUCCUUUUGUAGAUCCUAAAUCAACUACUACUUUAGAUCAAACUAAUUUAAUGAAUCGUAAUUAUUUAUUAUGUUAUUUUACAAAGCAUAUAUUACUUGGACUUUUAACAGUUUAUUGGAUUACUAUAUUUAUCAUCAUUCUUAUAAAUACAUAUUAUAUAAAAUCUAUUUAUGUAAUGAAUACUUCCAAAAUUCCAUUCAUUCAUAAUCUAUUUGUUAUUUUGUAUAUAAGUUUUAUGAUAUCAUGGAUAUUUUCAAUUGUUAUACGAAUAGGUAGUUUAUUAAUUAAUUAUAAUUUACAAAAAUAUAAAAUAAAACAUUUAUUGAAUACAAAUUCUAUUCCUAUACAACAAGUAUUACAUUAUGAAUGUAUAAAUAUAAAAAAUAUAGAAUAUCAAAAAAUGUAUUUUUCUAUUGUAUGUAAUCAAACAACAUUAGAACAAUGGUUAGAAAUAAUCACUAAUCUAUUAAGUGAUAUAUUGCCAAAUUUUUUAGUAUUUAGUAUGAGUAUAUUUAAUUGUUUUAUAUUAUUUAAAUUACGUACUCAUUCAUAUAAUUCUAUUCAUUCAAUUAAACAAAUAAGAAACCUUUCAAAUAAUAGUAAUAAUAGUAAUAAUAAGAAUAUUAUAACCUUGAAUAAUUUAUCAAAAGAAUUAAUAGGUUCAUCACAAAAUCAUCAAGAUAAAACAAGAAUUAGUAAAAUAUGUAAAACAUCAACAUCAUCAUCAUGUUUAAUGUAUCAAUGUGAUUUACCAAUUGAAUCUCUAAAACAAAAUCAUCAAUUAAACAAUAAUAAUAAUAAUAAUAAUAAUAAUAAUAUAGUGAUAUAUUAG